GGAUGGUGUAUUUAUUAAUUUAUACUCCGCCGCGCCCCGCGCCGGCCGCUGCUUUGUAUCCGGCCGCCGCCGCCCGGCCCGGGGCCUCGGCGGGGAGCGCGUCCUCCGCAUCCGCCCGACCCCCAAGGCCGGCACGUGCUGCGCCCGCCCGCGGGCCCGCGGAGGGGGCGGAGGCCCCGGCGCUUCUGCUAACCCCUCUCGGCCAGAAGGAGGAGCAGCGGCAGCAGCAGGAGGCGACAGCAACCCGGCCGAGGGAGCGCGGCGGAGAGGGGGCUGCGGCGCCCGGGCGCCCGGCGACGCUCGGCCGCGGUCGAGGAGGCGGGGAGCGGCGCGGCCGCCCGGGAUGGUCCCCGGCACUUCCUGACUGGCUGGCAGCGCGCCCCUGGCCCCUCGGCUGGCUCGCUCGCUCGCUGGCUCGCGCGGGCCCGCUCUGCGUCGGCCGCGCCGCGGUGGAAGCGCGCGGGGGACUCGGCCGGGGAUGAGCUGAUUGCGGGUAAAUCAGCCGCCGCCGGGCCCCGAGAGGCCGCGAGGAGCCGCUUUUCUCCGACUCGCCGCGCUGCCCCUGGAUUGGCGAUCAUGUCCAUUCACAUCGUGGCGCUGGGGAACGAGGGGGACUCGUUCCACCAGGACAAUCGGCCGUCGGGGCUCAUCCGCACUUACCUGGGGAGAAGCCCGCUGGUCUCAGGGGACGAAAGCAGCUUGUUGCUGAACGCGACCAGCACGGUCGCGCGUCCUGUGUUCACCGAGUAUCAGGCCAGCGCGUUCGGGAAUGUCAAGCUGGUGGUCCACGACUGUCCCGUCUGGGACAUUUUUGACAGUGAUUGGUACACCUCUCGAAAUCUCAUUGGGGGCGCUGACAUCAUUGUGAUCAAAUACAACGUAAAUGACAAGUUUUCAUUCCAUGAAGUAAGAGACAAUUAUAUUCCGGUGAUAAAAAGAGCAUUAAAUUCAGUUCCAGUAAUCAUUGCUGCUGUUGGUACCAGACAAAAUGAAGAAUUACCUUGUACGUGCCCACUGUGUACCUCAGACCGGGGGAGCUGUGUCAGCACGACGGAAGGGAUCCAGCUUGCUAAGGAACUAGGCGCUACCUAUCUGGAGCUGCACAGCCUUGACGAUUUCUACAUAGGAAAAUAUUUUGGUGGAGUGUUGGAGUAUUUCAUGAUUCAAGCCUUAAAUCAGAAGACAAGUGAAAAAAUGAAGAAAAGGAAAAUGAGCAGCUCGUUUCAUGGAAUUAGACCACCUCAGCUUGAACAACCAGAAAAAAUGCCUGUCUUAAAGGCUGAAGCAUCGCAUUAUAACUCUGAUUUAAAUAACUUGCUGUUCUGCUGCCAGUGUGUGGAUGUGGUAUUUUACAACCCAGAUUUAAAGGAAGUUGUAGAAGCCCACAAGAUUGUUCUCUGCGCCGUAAGCCAUGUUUUCAUGCUGCUUUUCAAUGUGAAGAGUCCUGCUGACAUUCAGGAUUCCAGCAUCAUCCGAACUACCCAGGAUCUCUUCGCCAUAAACAGAGAUCCUGCCUUUUCAGGUGCUAGUCAGGAUUCUCCAGGCAACCCACCAUUACGAGUCAUUGUUAAAGACGUCCUCUUCUGUUCUUGUUUAUCGGACAUUCUGCGCUUCAUUUAUUCAGGUGCUUUCCAGUGGGAAGAAUUGGAAGAAGAUAUCAGGAAGAAGUUGAAAGAUUCUGGGGAUGUUUCCAGUGUAAUUGAGAAAGUUAAGUGCAUUUUAAAAACACCAGGAAAGAUUAAUUGCCUAAGGAAUUGCAAAACCUAUCAAGCCAGAAAACCUCUGUGGUUUUAUAGCACUUCCCUCAAGUUUUUCCUUAACAAACCAAUGCUUGCUGAUGUUGUCUUCGAAAUACAAGGUACGACGGUGCCAGCCCACAGGGCCAUCCUGGUGGCCCGCUGUGAAGUGAUGGCGGCCAUGUUUAAUGGGAACUACAUGGAAGCAAAGAGUGUUCUCAUUCCAGUUUAUGGUGUUUCCAAAGAGACUUUCCUGUCGUUCUUAGAAUACCUGUAUACAGACUCCUGUUGCCCAGCCGGCAUUUUCCAGGCCAUGUGUCUCCUGAUCUGUGCCGAGAUGUACCAGGUGUCCAGACUGCAGCACAUCUGUGAGCUGUUCAUCAUCACACAGCUGCAGAGCAUGCCGAGCCGGGAACUGGCGGCCAUGAACCUCGAUAUAGUUGACCUGCUCAAAAAAGCCAAGUUUCACCACUCUGACUGCCUUUCCACCUGGCUACUUCAUUUCAUUGCCACUAACUACCUCAUCUUCAGUCAAAAGCCUGAGUUUCAGGAUCUUUCAGUGGAAGAGCGCAGUUUUGUUGAAAAGCACAGAUGGCCGUCGAAUAUGUACUUGAAGCAGCUUGCGGAAUACCGGAAGUAUAUUCACUCCCGGAAGUGUCGUUGCUUAGUAAUGUAACCUGACGUUUUUACAUACAUACGCUCUUUUUAUUAUUGUGAAGAAUGGGAUACCUCUGGGUUCCAGUAAAAUUCUUCUGACCAAAACCAAUAUGGGCGUUAAAAAAAAACAACAGAAAAUCACCAUACUGCUUAAUGUUUUUCUUAGUUCUAUUGUGAUCUUAAAAGGGAACAAAAUCUAUGUAGGCUAAAACUAAGGCUUCACCCUAGUAUAUAAAGCUGUUGUACAUCCAUUUUUUCCCUUUAAGAUGCCUUAUUCCUCUAGUGAUAUUAAUACCCCUCCCAGUUAAGCGACGUUUAAGUUUUAAAAAAAUCAUAUAAGAUUAAUACAGAAAUUUCAUCAUGUCUGAUUACUUGCUCUAUAAAAAUAAGGGGCAUUUCAGACCCAGUAUGACUAUAUAAUGAGAAAUCUAGGGUAAGGCUGAUCAAUCUGAAAUUUUAGGAAUAGAAAUUUACAUAGGAUUUUGAAAGUAAAAUGCCACUUGGUUUCAAAUCAGUGACAGUGUUUGAACCAUCGUGAAAAAAAAUUUCUGUUUGUAUCUGGACAACCCAACUGAGACACCUUGUCUCUUCCCUGGGAUUCUGGUUAGGCAGGAAACCUCAACAGGGCUGGCUUUAUGGCCAUGUAACCUGUGUAGUUGCACAGGGCUCUUCACUUGGUUUCAUGCUCUGCUAUCACCACCUUCAAAUUCUUAAUUAUGUUUGAAGAAAGGCCCCUCAUUUUCACUUUGCACUGGGCCUAUAGUUACGAAAAUUUCCUAGCAAGAUAUGUACCAUGUUUUCUUGCCAAAUAUCGUUCUCUCUGAAAGCAGAAGAGAGGCAUUGACAUCAAGGAAAGAGAAGGAGGCUUGCUGAGGGAAGGGAUCACAUGGGGUUUCCCAUCUUUGGGGAAGUCUGUACCACCCAGGGCCUCUCUCCACUACCAGUUUGGCUGGCAAGUCAGAAAUACAUCAUGUUAUCUUAGCUUUAAAACACUUACAGUUCUGGCUCUAUCACAGAUGAACAAUACUUUCUCUAUCGUUCUGUAAGACCAGGAUGUUGGUAAAAGUGACUGACCAGCAUGACUUUAAUGUGCAUUUAUAAAGAUGCUCAUAGUAAAAGAUGCUUUCUAGAGAAUUCACUAUCGAAAGCUCAAGACUUUUUUGUUGUAGAGUAUUUACUAGGAUUAGGAUGUCAGUGGCUUGAAUUGUUUGAAUUCUUUCUGGGGACUGCAAGGUUAUUUGAUGAAGGGUAGCAUGAAUCUUGUCCUUCAAGGUUACCCAGUAAGUUAAAAGAAAGGAUAAAAAGCCUUGUUUCAUGUAGAGAAAAUGGUACUAGGAUAGAGGACAGAAUUAUAGUUUCUCUUGUAUCACAUGUCAACAGAAGUAAUUACAUUAGAAACUUACAAGCCGAGAGAUGGAAAACUAGAUUACUAUUUAUUCUUAGCAUUAUUUUUAUCUGUAAUUCAAUAUUAGAAUAUAUUUUUCUUUUAAUUUCCAGUGACCUUAGAAUACACAUAGUUUUUCCAACUAUGCAAAGGUUUGGUUAAACAAUUUUAUGCCAUAGUAUUAGACAUAAUACUAUACAGUUAGUCCUUGGUUGUGUACCAACACUGUCAGAGUAAAACAGUAAAAAGUCCCUACAUAUAUCUUCUAAGAAACCUGAUUUUAAUUGGAUUGUGUUGAUGAAGAUUACUGGAAUGCAUUUUAUUUGUUUUUAAUUUUAAUCACUUGGAUUAAUCAACUCUUGGCAAAUCUCAUUUGAUAAGGGUUAGCAUUAUAAAGAAUAGAUGCUGUAGAUUUCUAAAAAUUCAUUCACAUUUAAGACCUUUUAAAAUGCACUGUUAGCCUUUCGUUCUUCAUAAGCAUAUUCUUACCCCUAUGUGGAUUACAGUACUUAAAAUUCUAAAUCAAUAACUUUUAAACUAGGAAAUUGAAAAAUAGAAAUUCUAAAGCAAAAUAAAGUAUUUUCUUGAAAAUACUAUUUAACAUUUAAAUAGACCAUAGUUUGUUUUUAGGUUGUUUGGCCUGAGCGGAAGUUGGUUUUGAGAGCUGGUGCUCUGUUGGUGUUGAGCAUGUAGUUUUUAUUAUGAAAGUUCUUUAUCACCUGUGUUAGUGACACAAACACACAGAUGUCAUAGCUCUCCAGAGCUAGUCAGAACAGUAAUCAGUUUUUAAACCUAGGCUCUUCAGUACCUUUGAAUUAACUCAAUUUAGAAUAACAAGAAAUUUAAAAAUACUUAUAAACUAUCUUGGAGAAAAGAGUACUCUUUUUGAGUGGUUUUUUUUUUUUUAAUUGAAAGAUGAUUUCUGAAGGAAUAUAUGCUUUGUGCUGAUCUCUCCUUCACAAUAUUUGCAAUCAUUUUAAUUAGAGAAGAUCCUGUAUGGUAGAACUAAGGCCUUUUCUUCUUGGGCCGUGUUUUCACCUUAUAUAACCCUUUGUAUACUUCUGACUACUCUGUGCUCCUAUUAUAGGCGAGUAGGCUUGUAAUAUACAAGUUUCAGUAACAUAAGUGAAAUUCACCCUGUCACAAGCCAACAUGGUUGCUUCACAUUGGGCUGUAGCAGAAACUGAAGAUUUGGAUGAAUUUGACUUCUAAGACAGCUAAACUUUUCAACUAUAAUUUAAAAAACUACACUACACUGAUAUAAUUAAUCAGACAAAAAUGUCCUCAAGAGUACUUUAUUUUAUUUAAAACAUCUGUUUAAUUCUACCUUUAAUAAUUUUGCAAAGAAGGGUAUGUGUGUAUUUUAAUAUAGCCUGACCUGAAUUUGUAUGUUUUUAGCUUUAGUAUUUAACAUUUUGUAACAAAUAAACUUUUUUUUAAAA